AUGGGAAGGCAAGGCGGCAAGUUGAUGGCGGCAGGUGGCGGCGGUGGUGGUGGUGGUGCUUCUUCUAUAGCUCUACUGCAAGAAAGAUUCCGGCAGCUUGAGAGAAUGAGAGAGAAGAGGGAAGAGAUGGAGGUUUUAAAGUUGUUUCCUGAAGGUCAAGGUCAAAGUCAAAGUCAAAGUCAAACUAACCGUUAUGAGCCACCACCGGUUAGGUCAUCGGUGCACCCUAGAGUCUGUUUUCAAGAUUCUCUUUCUCUUGGACUCAAUAUAUACACCAAGCAAACAGAACCUCAAAAACCUGCAAAAAAACAACCUUUUAUUGAGUUUUUAUCAUCAAAACAUGAAGUAGACACAUCCCUUCAUCUCUAG